AUGGCUCUCACACCUGUACGGCCGAGUGUCAGCACCUGGCCAGCGACCUCCUCGCCAGACCCGAUAUCUAUGCUUCCAACGGCGAGCAAACGCGCAUCACCGCUGGACAUCACAACACCGCAACGAGGACUGAAGCGCAGAAAGUUGUCCCCGAUGAGCGACGCGUCGACGCGUACUACGCCGUCGAUGCUCGCCGCUGAGCAGGGGGCGGAUGGAGCGGAUGCGCCCUCCGAUCUGUCUGAUACACCUACAACCCCUAUGCCGGUCACGAGACCAGCAAAGUUCUACGUCUCUGAGGCGAGCGCGCCAGUGCCGAAGGACCAACUAUCCAAACUUCCAGACGCCGUACUACUCCUGAUGAUCCCUCAGCUUGUGCUCGAACCGCCUUCCAGCCCCAAUUACGUAUCGGCGCUAUAUGUCUCCUGGCUUGCUGUGAGUCGGUGUUCAAGAUUGACGUUGACAGCUGAGCUGGAGGUGCGGGCGUUGACUGGGCUCGCUGAGGUGGGCUUGCUGGUGCUUGAUGCAGAGCUUGAAGAGCAAUGGGUGAAGGGCGUUCUUGGACAGGCGGAGAAGGGGAUCGAGAGAGGGCUCGUCAUUGCCAAGGCCCACCCCACGCUCUCGCACUACGUCUCCCCGUUGUUGUAUCUUCAAGUACGGCUCGCGGCGUAUGGACCUGUACGGAGAGCAUUGAACCUGUCCAAGGCGGCUUGCGCCCACCAUUCGAAGUUGAAGAGCGACGCAACAUGGCUCCACUACCUGCAUCACAGUCAUAUCUUGUCCUCGCUCACCCCGAGCCAAGUAUCCACUCAGCUAGGCCACCUCGCCAACCCGCCCAGCGUCGACCCCGUCUUCACACGCAUACAUUCACUUCUCCGUCUCUCUCACCUUCUGCCAGACCAACCGGAUGACUUUCCAGACGACUGUCAUUCCCUUCUGGCUUCCUUUCCCGAUGUGUCUACUCUCCGGGGUCCGGACGCUUCUCUGCUCCUUAUUGCUCAGAUCCUUUCCUUUCUGCAUUAUGCGUCCUCUCGGGCAAGCAAAGACUAUUGCCAGUCGCAAGCAUCUCUCCUCGACUCCCUACCUGCAUUGCUGGACCAUAUUCUAUGCGCAGCAGCCCCAUCGAUACCUACGUCCCCCCGGAACAUCCCUAUUCUAAUCUCUUGCCCACCGAAGAAACUUCUCCUGGCUCUGGCUUGUCUCGUCGCGGCCGUGGCGAGCCGUGACGCCUCUGGACGUCAGAGUAAACGAGGUAUCUGGGCUUCAGAGGGGUUGAAGUUAUUUGAAGAAGAAAUGGAUGAACUCCCUCGGUGGUAUUCGCUCAAAGAGAAGAAAAUGGUCGAAAGACAGCUGCAUGAGAUCAAAGCCCUUUUACAAUGCGAAAUGAUCAGCGUGGCUAUCAUGAGGAGCGAGUUUGAGGAAGCGAAGAGGUACCUUGACGAUGUGAUCAACUAUACUUGCUCCGUGACAAUGGACCUCUUUAUCCAAUUUAGCCCUCUUAUCUCGUUGUUACAUGGCCGUCUCGCUCAUUCCGUCUUCUGCGUCGAACGCGCCCUGGACUGCUACGCCAUGGCUCACCACUUUGCGACAGAACAGGGGAACGAUGGUAUCCGUCGGGCUGUGUCUUUAGAUCUGCUUGGGCUGAAACUCGGCUUGGGGGAGGAUGUUGAGCUAGCAUGUGAGGAACUCUUGCUUGAUCUGGCUGACUGCAAGGACGAGCCGCUGAAUGAGGCGGCUAUGGUAUUCCGCGCGAUCGUUGCAAAGGAAAUCCACAAGUCCAAGCAACAUCUCAAGCGUGCGUUGGACACCACGACGUGGCGUUCAGACAACUACCUACGUCUUUUCGUUCUCUGUAUCACGGCCUCGCAUUACCAGCUCACCUUCCCGGAACGAGCCAUGACUUCCCUCAAGUCCUCGCGUCAGAUUUGCCUUGGCCUGGGUGCACGACCUGAAGGAGAACAGAGGAGCUCGUACACUGAAGGGAAUUCGUCGAUCGGCUUGUGGGUCGGGGAGAAAUACCUGGAAUUACUACAGAGACAGCCUGAGGGAACCGAGAAUAAAUUAAAGAAGCAGGAAACUAUCAACAAGGCUCUAAGACUCCGGUGGACGGGUAUCCAAAGUCGGAUGGCGGGGUUGCUUGGGGGCCAAGAAGAGACGUCGGCUUAGGAUUCGGGCAGUAUUAUUAUUCUUUAACUUUAGGGAUAUCGAGCUGCCUGGCAGGUGCUAUGGACGGUCUGUAGCGAUACCUUUGCAUUUUUGUAUUUUAUCAUCCUAGUUCUACUU